AGGUACGGGUUGGAGCCUCAGGCUAGCGAGAGGUGGAGAGGGAAGGAGGGCUAAAGAAAGCGAGUGAGAAAAAGGGGUUUCUCGGUGCUUUCCUUGUGUUCCAGUUCCCUUUCCCGCGUCCCCGGGCGCCCACCUGCCCCUUCGCACCGGGAGCGGAGGGAGGGAGCGCUGCCCGCCCCGCCGGGCGUGCCCUGCUCCGGCCCUGCCUCCUCCGCGGGCACAAACCGCCGGUGGGCGAGAAACCCGCCCCCCCCCCCCCCCCCGGGGCCGGGCAGGCGGACACCGGGGCGCUGGGCACCCCCCUCCAUCUCCUCCUCCUCCGCCCUGCGCGUAAGAGCCUCCGGCGCGGAGCCCCCCCGGCCCCGGGGCGCGGAGCGGAGCCGCGCCGGGUGCGGGGGGAGGAUCCCGCCCCGCUCCUGCCCGCGGGCCGGCGGCGGCGAUGGCCCUGCUGCCGCGGCGGUUCCUCUGCUUCGUGCUCGCCCAUCACUUCAUCGCGGCGACGGCGUGCCAGGAGGCCGACUACGGCUGGAUGAUCCGGCACUACUGCCUGAAGCAGUUCCAGCUCAGCAUGGAGGGCAUCGGGCAGCGGCUCUGGUGUGACUGGGAUGAGACCGUGGGCACCUACGGGGAGCUGACGAACUGCACGGCGCUGAUCGCCGAGAGGCUCGACUGCUACUGGCCCAACCGGCUGGUGGACGAGUUCUUCGUGGCCGUCCACAAGCAGUACUUCAGGAACUGUUCCCCCUCGGGCCGGGCGCUGCACGACCCCCCCAACGGCGUCCUCUGCCCCUUCAUCCUGCUGCCCGUCCUCGUCACCCUGCUGAUGACCGCGCUGGUGGUGUGGAGGAGCAAACGCAGCGAGGGCAUCGUGUAGGGACGCCCCGCCAGCGGCACAGGGGGGAGGGACGGGAGGGAGCCCACCCCGGAACGUGCCUGUUUUGGGGGAAAACCCUGGCAGAGGAGCAUCGCUGAGGGGGUACCAAGGCGCGGCGGCAGAGACAGCACCACAACCCCUCCUCCUUCACUGGUACCUUCUGUACCGCCCGCGUGUCGCUCGCCCGACGGUUUUCAAAUAAAUACAUCAUUUAAGACAUGGUUGUUUGGCAACACGGGAUGCCGGUGGCCGGCGAGGCCGUCACGGGCUGCGGGGAGCUCUCUCGGGGUACUGGGGAGCACUGGGCAUCGGCACCGCCACGGCUGCGCUCAGCCUGCCCCAGCUGCUUCCCUCCUGGCACGCCCCGGCAUCACCUGCCGAAACAGGAAAAGUUUUAAAGAACAAAUAAACCAAGCAACCAAACCACCCCCCUCCAAAAAAUAAAUAGUAAAUAAAGGGGGUGGGAUCACAGCGUAACCAUGAGGCCGGUGGGUCUGGGUGCGACCCUGGGCGACAAGACCACCACGGCUUCUUUUUUUUCUUCCCACACGAGAGGCAUUUUCUCCCCUGGCCCCCAGCAUGAGGACAAGGCCUGCACGGGGCAGGUUUUGUCUAGGGGAUGGGGAGCAAUGGGUGAAAGUCGGCAGUGGGAGCUGGUGGCACUGGUGGUGGCCUUGGCAGCACCCUGGGGCUAGGGAUGGGAAUAAGGUGCUUUUCCUACCUAAAUAAAUAAAUACGUAAAUAAA